AGCAUGGAACAGUGAAUGCAUGAUCAGCUGUUUUCAAAUAAUCUACCAGUUCCAACUCACGGAUGUAUUGGAUAUAUUUAUAAAAAAAAGAUUUUAGAGAAUCGAGGACUUCUUGACCUAGUAGCUGGUACUACUUAGAAAUUUUAGACAGUCUCUAGGAAAUAUCACCUAUCAACACUCAGAAACAGAAGCAACAGGCAUUCUCAGACGAACUAGUAACAAUCAAAAAUAACAUUAAAAAAAUUAAAUAUAUACAAGAAGUAAUGGCACUAGAUGUAAAGAAAUCAUAAACGAGAUAAAACAAAUAUCUAGGGGAGGACAGAUAAUAUAGAGAGAAACGACCUGUUGAAUUGAUUCAAAACCACUUUAGGAUCAAUCUUAUCAGCAAAAUGAAAGUGCCAAACUAUUGGAUAUUUUGUUUAUGGGGGACACUUGUGAUAUACAAUGCCACCGCUAGAAUGGGUGACCAACAAAUGAAGCCAACCAUCCAUAAUGAGGAACAACCAUCACAAGCUGAAACACUACCAGUAAAGCAAGGAAAACCUCAAAUGAGAGCUGGUCAGAAGUUAAAACAUAUGAGAACAACAGAAGCACCAACCCUGAAGCCAACGAGACCCCCUCAGACACCAAAACAGAAAAACAAACCUGCAAACGCAAGAGGGAAAUCAAAACAGGCGUCAAUGAAAUCAAAAUUCCAAACUCCAGAAAGAACACAUGAUACGAAUCCUGCUCAUAAUUACAAUCAAGAAAAUAUUGUCAGAUCGAAUCAAGAAAAGUCUGGUCCCACAAAAUGUGAAUAUGCUAUCGUUGUUAAUGAAAUUGACAGUAGGAAAUGUCCAACCCUUUUACAAGGAGCUGUUGAUGCUCAACAAGACCCAACACCCAACAAGGUACCUACGCAUCAACCUAAUGUUGAUGCACUAAAAGAUAAAGUCCAGGAGGUGGAGAAAACAGUGUUAUUAGAAACACUAAAAACUGACGAUCUCUCAAAAUCUAUUUCAACAUUCGAUACCUUGCUCAAGCAAACUCAAAAUGCAAUAGAGAAUAAUGAAGCCAAUAUAACCCAUGUACAAAAACAGAUGGCCAAAAUUGAGAAACUAUUGCGGAUACAGAAACUCUAUUAUAAAAACAUUGACAGCAAAAUUGGCGGCCUUAUGCUGGAUUUUCAAGAGGUGACGAACACUCUGGAAAAGCACCAACUGCUACUGCCAACCCCUUCCACAGAAAACAAGACAAUAGCUGUAGAGAGUGUACAAAAGACACAAGCGUGUGGAAUCACCAACAAAAAUGUCACACGAUACAGAGACUGUGUGUCUGUGCUGCUUGAUGGAUUUUACAAGAGUGGUAUCUAUUACAUCACACCUAUCUAUGCAGCGGGUGCGAUACCUGUGUGGUGUGACAUGGAUACGCCCCCUGGGGGCUGGAUGGUGAUUCAAAGACGUAUAGAUGACACACAAAGCUUCAAUAAAGGGUGGAAGGAGUAUCGAGAAGGAUUUGGUGAUGUCAGCAAAAAUUUCUGGCUUGGUCUUGACAACAUGUUUCUUUUAACCAAUCAGAAGCAUUAUUCACUCCGAGUUGACUUGUGGGAUUUUUUUGAUAGUCGCGUGUAUGCUGAAUAUAAACAUUUCUACAUCGAUGGCCAAAGAGACCGAUACAAGCUCCACGUGGCUAAUCACACUGGCUCCUGCCCCGAUGGUCUCAGCCAUCAUAAUGGCGUUGCAUUUUCAACCCCCGACCAGGACAAUGAUGCCUGGGCAGACUACCAUUGCGGCCAGGAGUGGGUAUCAGGAUGGUGGUUCAACAACUGCUGGUUUGUCAUCCUCAACGGACAAUAUUAUAACAGCUCCGAGGUGAAGUAUCGGGGAAUAUCAUGGAACGAAUGGAAACAAGAGCAACUGCAGAAAGUGGAAAUGAAAAUCAGACCUACUUAUUAAUAAACUUAAGUUACUGAUAAUAGGGGAAAUGAAUGAAUGACUUGAGUAGGGAAAUGUGGAUGAGACACUAGCUUAUUCCUGAUCAAUGUAAUUAUUGUACCUACUUUACAUGUUUAUCAAUUGUAUUUGAAAGUAAACACUGAAUCAUUGGAAU